UACGGACGUUGUUCGUCAGUGGCUUGCCCAUGGAUGCGACACCACGCGAGCUGUACCUCCUGUUCAGAGCGUAUCAGGGUUAUGAAGGCUCCUUGUUGAAGCUGACAAGUAAACCGGGAAAGAGCUCCUCGCCUGUAGGCUUUGUCACGUUUGAUAGCAGAGCAGGUGCAGAGUCGGCUAAGCAAGCGUUAUCAGGAGUUCGUUUUGACCCGGACCAACCGCAGACAAUACGACUAGAAUUUGCCAAGUCCAACACCAAAGUGACCAAGCCCAAGCAGACGUCCCCGCAGCCGGCCAAUCUGCCCAUGAUGGGACCCCACCCGGCACAGCUGACGCCGCGGGAUCCUUAUGAUCUAAGCACUGCUGUGUUUUUACCACACGCUGCAGAAGCAUGGGCGCACCAUCCCAAUCACAAGCACGCCGAAUUCAUAAACUAUCAAGGCUUGGCUGCAGCCUAUGCGGAUUUGACCCCUGCUACGCCAGUCCACCACCAUCCAGUCUUUGCCGCCCAUCCUGCCUUACACGCACAAGUGCCGGCAGACGGCGCCCGGGUAACCUAUGUAUUGCCCCACCACGCACACUCAGCCGUUGCACACGCCCCCCACCCCCACCCCGCCACCACCUCCCUGCCCCAGCAGACACUGCCCAUGAACAUGGCCAACGCGGCCACCAUGGCCGCCAUAGCCGGCUCCGCACCGUGCUCCACUCUCUUCAUUGCAAACCUGGGCACCGGUGCCAAUGCAGAGCAAGAGCUGAGGGACUUGUGUAGUAGCAGCCUUCCCGGUUUCACUAGACUACGAGUGCACAACAAAGGCGGUGCCCCCUGUUGUUUUGUGGAAUUUCAGAAUAUAUCCUGUGCUACACAAGCCUUGACGCAUCUGCAAGGUGUGUUGUUGCCGUCCAGUGAUCGUGGGGGCCUGCGGGUAGAGUUUGCCAAGGCUAACAUGGGAGAGAAAACGCUAGAGUGGUCGGCUGGUGGGCUAAUCUACUCGCCGUCACCCGCGGCGCACCACCCCCACCAAAUUGGAGUCACACCCAUCAACCGUACCGCAGCUAGCCCCAUAUUCCAGUUCUGAUCAAAACCAAAGCCAAAGCGUCUGGAAAUCAUCCCAAGGAUCUCGCCAGUACUGCCACCCCAGACUGUGCUGUAAGCCUGCCCAGGGAGCUGCAGGACAGACCCAGGAGCUGUUUACAAUCUUAGCGCUACCUAGGUCCUUCAGGUAACACAGUGCUGUCGUGGAAUAUAUGGAAACUGUACUGGAUACAGACACUAUACAGGGAUUUGCGAGGGAAGAUUUUUCUGAUUUGAUUUGAAGUAAACAAGGAUAUUUUUUUGUGGAUGUUUUGCAUAUUUUUAUUAUAUGGUGGUGAAAUGGAAUUGUCCAGCUUUUUUUUUUUCUAAAACAACAGUGGUUAUGUGCAUAUGAUCAGAAAACUGUGACCAUUGGUUCCAACGUAAAGUCAAUGUGCAUGGAUAACAUUUUGAUCCCCAAGACUUGACAUUGUUAUCAAGUUUCAGCAGAACUAUGCAAUGUUUCAGUGUUUGACUGUUGGCGCCUGUCAGCCUGUAUAUCUGGUUGCCUCUGUCAUGGGGAAAAUUAAAACAUUUACGAAAAAAUUAUAAUUUCUUAAGUGAAUGCCUUGCACCAGGUCAGCCUUGAAAUGUUUUACAUGACACAUUGCUCUUUUUUUUGGAAACAUCCAUAUGGACAUCCAGGGUUUUGCAUAAGCAUCGUUGUUUUUGAAAAAAAGGUCAAGAUAUGACAGUUUGAUUGAAGGAACAAUUGUGUGGUAAUAUUAAUUGAAUUAAAACUCCAGUAUGAUGGAAUUUGUCGUGGUGUUGAAUAUGAGAUCAGAUUUUUCAGUUAAGACUUUGGACGGGAGGGGGUUACUUUUAAUGUUAUUUGUGUAUUUUGCUCGAAUUUUUCUACUGGGGUUGCGGACAGAGUCUGGAGAUUGUUACGGAAACUUGAUAAAAUUGGAUAAAUGUCCUCAUCUCAGGUAGGAACUCUGUCUUGGGAGAUUUAAACAAAAAGUGUCUUUCAACUAAAGAAAUCCAGUGCUUUAGAGCCAUAUUUUGGCUUGGACUUUUCACGUUCUUUCUUUGAUCAGACAUUUAUGAAAUGACUUUUUACCCCAAUGAGACUUUUCUUCUGGAUAGAAUGUGGGGCCUUUUUCGCCGAAAUAAGCGCUCACUGGUGUAUCAUAUUUACUGCGAAAUUAUGAAAAAUUUCUGCCUUCAGAAAAUUCCAUAAUCUGUUUAGCUAGCUCGAUCAUUCAUGGGAAACCAGGUGUGAUUGGUCAGGUCGAAUGAGCAAGGGAGGUGUGACCAAUCAGCGGUGACGUUUCAUAAAGCCAGUCCGCCUUUAAGGAGCCAAUCACGAUGCUUGUGUUUUAAAGAGAUUUGGGAAUGUUAUUGUCAGAGUGAGUGUCAGUGGUCAGCUCAUUUAAUUUAUUCAUGCUCAUUUUAAUUAAGCAAACCAAAUCAGGGUAUUCUUUGUUAAGGUAUCAAAGUGUGUGACGAAAAAACCAACAUUUAUACAACAGAAAGAAUUAAGAAUAUGUUCUAUAGUUGUCGUUUUACAUAAACAAGUAGAGUGCAACCAAACUGUUGUGUGUUGUGUGGUAGUACAAAGUUUGCCUUAUAUAUAAAAAAAAAUUAAAUAUUAACUCCACAAAUGGACCGUGUAAGCUAUACAAAUUUAUGUUUUCCCUGCAAUUGCCUCAUAAGUUUUUUUCGUCCAUAUUUUCAGAUUUUCACACACAAAAAAAGAUUAUUUUAAAAUAAGUUUAUUACUUCUUUUAUUGAUAAUUGAGUCAGAAAAAUCAAAAUUAUUUCAUGCAGUCAUUUAUUUAUUUAAUAUUUUUGUUAAGUGAAUCCUGGUGUAAAGUUCAUUGAGAAAAAAAAUGUUUUCUUCGCUUUAAAACUUUUUUUUUGUGACUGGUAUCUUAUCUCAAUCCAAGUCUUUCUAAUAAACCAGUCAGUUCUCCUGGCUGGGUUUUCUCCUUUCUUGAAGGGUUCCUCAAGUAAAUCCCAUAUUAUUGGGUCUCACACAAAAAAAGAAGGGGAAAAAGGCUGAAUAUAAAUAAACAUGGUGUGUGAAUAACUUCUUUUUGAGCUGUCUGUCUAUGGGGUCGCUUUUGACCCAAGCCAGAUAGCCCUAAAUGUGUCCCGAGAAUUGUACCCUUUUGGUGAAAUGUAACUGUUAGUGCUAAAUUCAGUGUAGAAGUGAUGUUGUUAUUCGCGCACAAUUUUGUAAACGUACAGUAUGCUCCAGUCCAAUUUGUUUUAGUCUGCCUGGAAAAUAAGGGAACGGUCGUGUUCAAUUUUCAGUCAAAUUAUACCUAAGUUUGCACUCUGUACUCGGUAUAUAUUUUGAGAUAAAUUGUUAUAUGUAUUGUUUGCAUAUAUUUGUCGUGUGCUUUGAAAUUAUGCUAAUUGAGUUUAUUUCAUGUAUACCAAAAAGUUUUGUUUGAAAGAGAAAAUAACUUGCUCAGUAUCAAUUGCUCAGAAUGUAGACAGCACAUGCCAAGCUCUUAUGAACCUACCAAUUGUCCCCCCCCCCCUCCCCCUUCUUGCUGCCCCAUGUGUUAUGUUGAGGUUUGGUCACGUUUUUCAAGCCCCAUGGGUGGGGAUUUUGGUCACUCACAAAACAUCUUUACCAUUGCCACACUAGAUGGACAGGCAAUCGGUUUAGUGAGCCCCAUCCAUGUAUGUCCACAUUGUCACCUAAAUGUUGCUCCAGGGGUUGGGAUUUUGUCACUUCAAAAGUGACAAUCGCCACGUCUUGGGUGGGGCAGCCCGGGGCGAGGGACGGGGAAAUAAUUGAUAGGCGCAUACACGCCAAAUUUGUUAUACUUUCUCUGGAGAAUUUCUGGACACAACAUGGUCCCCAUGAGCAAAGAUUUGAUCUUGCAUUCACAGUGUGUUGAAUGACUGUGCGUUAAAUGCAUUUGUAGCCAUUUUGUGUCCUGUCACCCCAAUGUUAGUGAGGCACUGAGCAAACCAGAAAAGAUUAGUUGAACUUCAUUUAUUUAUGUUGUCGAUGUUGGCUCGUCAAUGCUCUGUAAAUUGAAGAGAUUAUAUUUAACCCAUUGGGAUCUUAAUCAUUUACUCUUCUAUUCUAUAAUAUGUAAUCAUAUUUGUCUAUUAUAAUUUGGCUAUUUAGAGAUUGCUAUAUGUAAUUUUGCUCGGCUGAUGUCUUCAUUUUUUUCAGUGAUAUUUUUUUGUCUCAGUCAAUUGCUUUUUAUUAAGGAUCUGUAAAAACAGGCUGAGAUUGGUUUAAAAAAAAAUAUUAGUUUGUUCAACUUCGUUGCGUGGCCAUGAUAUGCAUUUGUGACGAGUCUCCUCAUUUGCCACAUGUGCAAUGUACAACUGCUUUGGCAAGAUUAUGCUUCACAAGAAGCAUCCAAAAAUAUUUUGUUACAACAUCAUUUAAAUAAGCUUUUAGUUUAUAUGAGGGCAUGUAUUCCUAUAAUAAUGUAAAGUUGAUUAUUUGGACAAUUCGAUCAGUAAGUAUUCUUUUUUUUUGCGAUUUAAUUUUGCAAACAAAAUGGCAUUUUGUGUUAUUGAUGUCUCAUGAAAUAAGGUAUCUGGAUAAAUUGGUUAUGGUUUUCAUCAUUGUUAUAAUCAAAAUAGAUGUCAGUCUUUGUGACUUUUGUUCUCCCCAAAAUAUGCUGAAUAGUUUUUCCUUGAAGUGCAUUAUGUGAUGGUUUGGUCCCUACAUCCAUAUAAAAUAGAGUGGUUAAGUUUGAAAUUAGUGUCAUGGAAAUCAGUUAAAUAAUUUGUUUACUUUAAGUUUUUUUGUUAUAUUGUUUUGUAAUAUGGCUGAUAGGAAGUCAAAAUAAGAAUUAUGUUUAAGAGUGCUUUAGAUUUCUCUGUGAAUUUAAAAAUAGUUAGAAUACCAUUAAUUUUUUUUUUUUUUUUUUUUUUGCCACAGUAGUGGUACAAAAAUAAGCUAAGUAUGAAGGCUAAGUAUUCAUUUUGUGAAUAUUUCAACCAAAGAUGUUUCUUUCAAAAAGUUUACUUGGUGCAAAGGUUUACGUUUUAUUUCCUUCUUUCGUUUUAAACAUUUUUGUGCAAGUCAAAAUUUAUGAAUGGAAAAAAAUCAUCAUUAGGCUACGGAUAGAGGGGUUUCAAAAUUGUGGAAUAUUAUUGUCAGGCAGAUAGUGUGGUUCAAGAUGCCUUAAACUAUUUUGAAAUAGAAAACAUUUUUAGAAGUCAUAGAAUGUAGGUGCGAUGUAGGGAAAGGAAAAAACAAUAUUUAAAAAAAAAAAUUAAAAAUCAGUAGCAGGGACAAUUCUAACUGCUGUAAAAUAUUUAAGGAAAUAUUACAAAAUGUAAUAUUUCAUGUAUUUGUUUGAAAGGAAGAUUUGUAUAUACUUAUGUCAACUUGUUUAAAUUUAUGAAGUAUGAGUCAUUAAUGUAAAGAAAAAGAAAUUUUGGCCUUUUUGGUUUGUCUUAGUAAUAGCUUUGGUUAUUGCCUGUAUUUAUUGAAAACUAAAAGAAUGAAAAUUGAUGCAUUGAACAGAAAAAUCCUAUUGAUGGGAUAAAGUGACUUUUUUCAGAGCUUAAAUUAUUGAUGCAAACUAUUUGUAAUACGGAUGUAUAAAAUUGUUUCAAGAAAAUCCUCUUUUGUUUUCAUUUUCAUUUUCGUUAGUUUUAUUUUUCCAUUUUGUUUUUCGAUUGAGACUGACGACCAAAACUUUUAAAAAGCUACAUGUAGAUGUAUUUAAAAAAAAAAAAAAAGCUUUAGCUCGGUAAACGUGAUAGUUGAGAACUUGGGUGUAGUGCAAAAUUGAAAGUUAAGUUUUCAGGAAAAUUUAUGAAGCUCAUUUGAAAAAAAAACUUACAAAACCAAAACUGAAGCAGUGAAUUGUCUUUAUGGUGGGGAAAGUGUAUAACUUGAGACCUUGGGCCAGUAUGGUAUGUAUCAGUUGAGUACUCGAGGCCAUUUUGCCUUCUUUGUAAUGGUAUGAAAUAUACUGUAUCUUGGGGACGAACAGUAGUGUUUUAUCUGAAUUCUAUUGUCUAUUUUAAUAAAGUGAUGAGCUUGCUAUAAAAAAA